AACAACGUGAAUAUGAUCUUGGACACCACCGUAUUUUGGGGAAAAUUUUUAUAUUAUUUUUUAGAUCUGUUUUACAAGAUAAUUCCCAAGAAGAAAAAGGGUGUCUCUGGAGAGAUUGUCCUUAUAACGGGAGCUGGCAGUGGACUUGGGAGGCUGAUGGCCAUAGAAUUAGCUAGCCUUGGAGCCAUUUUAGUUCUAUGGGACAUUAAUGAAGAAAACAACAUGGAAAUGUGUCGACUGGUCAAAGAAAAGGAGGCCAUGAAAGCAUUUGCCUAUAAGUGUGACUGUAGCCACAGGCAAGAGGUCUAUAGAGUUGCUGAGCAGGUUAAAAGGGACGUGGGUGACGUGACCAUUCUCAUUAACAACACUGGGGUCAUCACGGGAAAGCAGUUUCUCGACACUCCAGACCACAUGGUGGAAAGAACAUUUCAUACAAAUGCCCUGUCUCACUUCUGGACUUGUAAGGCUGUCCUUCCUUCCAUGCUUAAAAGCAACCAUGGUCACUUAGUCUGUAUCACAAGCAUAGCAGGGCUGUUUGGUGUCAGUGGACUAUCAGAUUAUUCUGCAAGCAAAUUCGCAGCUUUUGGCCUUGCAGAGCCUCUGAAUUUGGAAUUAAGCCUACAACAAAAAAGUAAAAUUAAAACCACCAUCGUUUGCCCAUAUUUUAUCAAUACGGGAAUGUUUGAUGGCUGUACAAUCAAAAUACUAGCUCCAAAAAUGAUGAUUGCCCUUGCUGAGUACCUUGGAAUGGAAACUUUCAUGGCUUCAUUUAGAGGGAGAAAGAAAGCAGAAGAAUCUCAGACUGAAGCUGAGAAGAGAUGCCUGGUAGCUGAAGCCUCAGAUGUGCUCAUGAAAUAA